AUGAAGCUUAGCGUGCCGUUCUGCGGCGGCUCCUCCUCCUCCGCCGCCUCUCCCAAGGCGAGCAACAAGAGCAAGAGCACGAGACGGUCAAAGGACGGCAAGAAGAGCGGCGGUGGCAGCUCGUUCAGCUCCACCGCGUCCUCCCACGACUGCGCGUCCACCGUCACCACGCCGCGCACCGUGCUCCUGCCAUCCUCGCCACCGCGGGCUGGGGCUGGGACUAGCAGGAAGCCGCCGGCGCCGGCGGUGACGCGGGAGGAGCUGAAGGUGGCGCUGCGCCGGGUGGUCUCGAGCGAGGAGGAGCUGGCGGAGAUGCUCGCGGAGGCGGACGCCGGGCUCGUCGUCCCGGAGGAACUCGCCAAACAACGCGGCGGACGACGAGGGCGACCUCAGGGAGGCGUUCGCGGUGUUCGACGCCGACGGGGACGGCAGGAUCUCGGCUGA